AUGGCUUCUACGAUCUCUUCAAGACUUCUUCUUAUUCCUCUGCUUGCGAGUUUUUACGUUGUUGUCUGUGCUGCUGGUAACUUCAACCAAGACUUUCAGAUUACAUGGGGAGAUGGUCGUGCAAAAAUACUCAACAACGACAAUCUUCUCACUCUGUCCCUUGACAAAGCCUCCGGCUCUGGAUUCCAGUCCAAUAAUGAAUACUUAUUUGGAAAAAUUGAUAUGCAGCUCAAGCUUGUUCCAGGAAACUCUGCUGGCACCGUCACUGCCUAUUAUCUCUCCUCAAAGGGAUCAACUUGGGAUGAGAUUGACUUCGAAUUCUUAGGAAACCUCAGUGGUGACCCUUAUAUCCUACACACAAAUGUGUUCAGCCAAGGCAAGGGAAACAGAGAGCAACAAUUCUAUCUCUGGUUUGACCCAACCGCAGAUUUCCACACAUAUUCAAUUCUCUGGAAUAGUCAACGCAUUGUCUUUUCAGUGGAUGGUACACCCAUCAGGGAGUUCAAGAAUAUGGAAUCAAUUGGAGUUCCUUUUCCAAAGAACCAGCCAAUGAGGAUAUACUCCAGCCUUUGGAACGCAGAUAAUUGGGCCACAAGGGGUGGACUCAUCAAGACAGAUUGGUCCAAAUCUCCUUUCACAGCAUCCUACAGGAACUUCAAUGACGACAAUGCUUGUGUAUGGAACGGUGGAAAAUCCUCAUGCAAAUCAAAUUCUCCUUCAUCUGCAUCCUGGCAAUCACAAGAGGUGGAUUCAACUGGUCAGCAGAGGCUGCGGUGGGUGCAAAAGAACUACAUGAUUUAUAAUUAUUGUGCUGACAAAAAUAGAUUUCCCCAAGGCCUCCCUCUCGAAUGCUCCCACUCAUAA